CCGUUUUUGUUUGCGCUCACAGGGAAGACUGACAUCACGUGGAUGAUGUUGGAUGCUGGGGCUGAGACAGACGUGGUCAACUCUGUGGGGAGGACCGCCGCGCAGAUGGCCGCCUUUGUUGGUCAACACGACUGCGUGACGGUGAUCAACAACUUCUUCUCUCGCGCCCGACUGGACUACUACACCAAAGCCCAAGGUCUGGAGAAGGAACCCAAGCUGCCCCCGAAGCUGGCUGGACCUCUUCACAAGAUCAUCAUGAGUACCAACCUCAACCCUGUUAAGAUGGUGCUGCUGGUGAAGGAGAACCCGCUGCUGGCCUCUCCCUCGGCCCUGGACAAGUGUCGUCGCGUGAUGGAGCUGAUCUGCGAGAAGUGCAUGAAACAGCGUGACAUGAACGAAGUGCUGGCCAUGAAGAUGCACUAUAUCAGCUGCGUGCUGGCCAAGUGCGUCUCUUUCCUCAACGAGCGCGAUGACCAGCUGGACGGACUCGUUAAAAGCCUGCUGAAAGGCCGAGACAGCGACGGCUUCCCGGUGUACCAGGAGAAGUUCAUCCGCGAGUGUGUGCGCAAGUUCCCCUACUGCGACGCCACGCUGCUGCAGCAGCUGGUGCGCAGCAUCGCUCCAGUUAGCAUCGGCAACGACCCCACAGCUCUGUCGGUGCUGACGCAAGCCAUCACGGGUCAGGUCGGCUUCAUGGACGCAGAGUUCUGCACCACGUGUGGAGACAAAGGAGCCCAGAAAAGAUGCUCCAUUUGUAAAAUGGUGACCUACUGCGGCCAAGCGUGUCAGAAGUUGCACUGGUUCACGCAUAAGAAAGUCUGCAAGAAACUUGAAGAGCAGCGAGAGGAGCACCAAGCGCAAAGCAACCAAGUCACAGAGGAGAGUGAAGCAGUGGACGAGGCCUCGGAGUCCAUGAAGCAACUUCACGUGGACGCCAACAGCCAGACCGCCUCCGCACAUCAGUGACCCCCCCAACAAUGUGUCACGCUUGAAGAAGUUGUCCCACCAAAGCCUCGCUCCGCUCCCGAAUCAAAGCUGAUGUCAGCUCGGCCACUUUUGCCACAGACCUCGCCCAUCGCUCGGCAUCCUGGGAAAAGAAACAACAAAUCUAGUGUUCAUGAUUGGUGAUACAGAGAUUAAGACAAUUUUUAUUCCUGCGACGCAAUUCUAUGUAACGAGCGGAUGAUUGGGACGAGCGGUUGGUAUGAUAAAUGCGGCGGCGGUUGGUUCGUUGUUGUUGAUUAAUGAGAGUAAUCGGCGUGAGCUUGUGCGUGCCUUGUUCGUUCUUUUAUUCCCCUGACACGUGAGAGCAAUUUUCCAAGAAUUGCGCAACCAAAUGAAGACGCUUUGGUGUUUUCAAAAUGUCACAUUUAAACACAACAGGCCACCGAGGUCUUUUUUAGGUUUGCUUUUGCUAUUGUUUUGGUUUUUUUUUCCUUUCCUACUCAGUUUUCUUAAAUUUCACCCCCCCUCGAUUUUUUUUAUUUUAUUUUUUUAUUUCAAAUCCUUUAGGGCAUUUUCAGACGUCCUUCAAAGUUUGAUUGCUACGGAAUUUGAACUACAUAUCCAAGACAGCUUGGCAAUGAUAAAGUGCGAAACGGU